GAGCACGAGUCUUGGCGAAAAGCACUCUGCACUGCACGUGAGAGAUUGGAGAGGAGCCAAGGGGCGCUCCAUCCGCUUUCUGGUUCUGCUGUUGAGAGCUACAGUCUUGGGGUGACAAGCAUGGACCUGGGGAUAAGCCUCAGCCACCUGCCUGGAACAUGGCGACCGCACAUUCCAGAGACUGUGGAUCCAGUUCCUGAUCCUCCCGAAGAUCUCACCCUUCCCAAAGCCUUGGAAGUCGUUGACGAGACAGAGGAGCCAGUUUCAGCAUCUGGAUCCUUCCAAACCGAAAGCUUUGCUGCUGUGCCUAAGAGGCGCCGACCGUCACAGGUAACACAACAAGUCCACAAUUUCCUUACAAGCGAUGAGCAUACGUCAUUGCUGAAGCACAGGCUUCUAACGACAUUGCGGCGUUACAUUGACUACAUCGCUGGCGUGAUGGUCCUACUGAAUUCCAUAGUCUUGAUUGCCGAGCUUGAAGUGGAAGGGCGAUCUAUUGCUUUUGAAGUUGGUCUGCCGUCCGGCGAAGAUUUGCGAGCCUAUUUGCCCACGCUGCGCGGGAUCGAUGCUAUUUUUGUGCUGGUUUUCUUGGUGGAAUUACUUAUGCGACUUGCCUUCGACGGGCUGAAGUUCUUCCUGGACCUUGCCAAUGUCUUUGACGGGGUCUUGGUCGCGCUUGGCUUUGUUGAUAUGAUCAUCAGCAAGCCUUUUACUGGCGGCCAGGUGCGAGAGGAGGAUGUGGCUCUCCUGAAGCUGACUCGAGCACUGAAAUCAUUGCGGGCUGUCCGAAUUCUGCGGAGCUUUCGCUUCGUUCGAGGUUUGAGAGUGCUUGUGAAGGCCUGUCGUUGCUUUCUUCCAUCCCUUUUUUGGUCCAUGGUGCUGCUUGCAGUCUUCAUGGCCAUGGGAGCGUUGACGUUGGGAAACACUCUGCAAGUUUUCAUUUUGGAUGAGAUGAUGGAGCAAGUGGACCGUGAAUGGCUGUGGGAACACUAUGGCACAUCUCAACGAUCUGCAUGGACUUUAUAUGAAGUGACUUUCGCAGGAAACUGGCCCACAAACGCGCGGCCAGUCAUGGAGAAAGCUGAUCCAGUAUUCGCGCUCUUCUUCCUUGCCUACAUAACAAUCAUAGUAUUUGCGCUGAUUCGGGUGAUCUCCGCAAUUUUUUUGAAGGACACCUUGGAUGUAGUUCAGAACGAUGCGGAACACAUGGUGGUGACCCGCCUCAAGCAGCGGAAUGAGGAUGCCGCCAAGUUGGAAGGCGUUUUCCGUGCCAUCGACAAAUCGGAAACAGGCCUCAUCACCGAGGAGCAGCUCCGGCACAUUCUGAGCCAGAAAAGUGUCAUCGCUUACCUGCAAACCUUGGACUUGGAUGUGCACGAGGGCCAUGCGCUCUUCCACAUCCUGGACAAUGGUGAUGGAGAGGUGACGUUGGACGAGUUUAUAGACGGGCUGAUGAGGUGCAAGGGGCCGGCUCGCGCCAUAGACCAGGUGGUUAUGCAUGCGGACAUGAAGAAUCUCGACAAAAAGUUGAACCAGAUCAUGGAGCGGUUGAGCUCCAGAGGUGAGUCUUCGCUGGCGCCAAGUUCCAAACUUGCACCUUCGCCCAGAACGCAAGUGCUCCGGCGCCAAGUGACGCAAGCCGCUCACCUUAAACCUUUCAGAUUCAAUGCAGACAACGAAUCGGGUUUCUACUCGCGACGUAUGUCAUUUGUCUGA